UGGAGAAGCUCUAGCAACUCUUCCGGCCGGCGGAUAUCGGUUGCUGCUCCCGAUGUAAAGGCCACGCCCCGCUUUUCUGUGCCAAGUAACACCAGUGACCCAGACCAGGACCGGCGCUCCACCAUCUCGGCUCCUCUUUUAUUCGCAGCCAUGUCGGGCGGCGCAAAUGGUGCCUCCGCCGGCGCUGCUCACAUCGUGAUGCUCCCGUGGCUCGCCUUCGGGCACAUCACCCCGUUCGCGCAGCUGGCACGCAAACUGGUCUCCGCCGACGGCGGUGGCGUCCGCGUGACGUUCCUGACGGCCGCCGGGAACGUGCCACGCGUCGAGGCCAUGCUGGCGCCGUCGGCCGCGGGCGCGGUGGUGGUUGUGCCGCUCCACCUGCCCCACGUCCCGGGGCUGCCCGCGGGGGCCUCCAGCACGGCGGAGCUCUCCGCCGACGGCGCCGAGCUUCUCAAGGUCGCCCUGGACGGCACCCGGCCGCAGGUCGCGGCGCUGCUCGCCGAGCUCCGCCCGGUCGCCGUGCUCAUGGACUUCGCCACGCCGUGGGUCCACGACAUCGCCGCGCCGCUCGGCCUCAAGGCGCUCCACCUCAGCGUCUUCUCCGCCACUGCGGGCGCUUUUAGCUGCGUCCCCGCGCGCCGCCUCCACGGGCCGCACCCGUCCGCGCACGAUCUGCGGUCGGCCCCGGCCGGCUUCCCGGAAGGCUCUUCGCUGGCGACCAUCCCGGCGUACCAGGCCGCCGACCUCACCUACUUAUUCACCAGCUUCGACGGCAAGCCGUGCGUCUACGACCGUGUACUGGCCAGCAUCGAGGCGUGCGAUGGCAUCGUGAUGAAGACAUGCGCGGAGAUGGAGGGCAGCUACAUUGACUACCUCUCCGGCCAGUUCGGCAAGCCUGUGUUCCUCGCCGGGCCCGUCGUGCCGGAGCCACCGCAAGGUGAGCUCGAGGAUCAGUGGGAGAACUGGCUCUCCGCGUUUCCCGACAAGGCCGUCGUCCUCGCCUCGUUCGGCAGCGAGACGUUCCUGCCGGUAGCCGCGGCGACGGAGCUUCUCCUCGGCCUCGAGGCCACCGGCCGGCCGUUCCUCGCCGUGUUCAACUUCCCCAGGGGCGCGGACACGGAGGCGGAGCUCCAGGCGCGCGUCCCGCUGGGAUUCAUGGAGCGCGUCAAAGGGCGAGGCCGCGUGCACGUGGGGUGGGUGCAGCAGCAGCACAUCCUGCGCCACCGGAGCGUCGGGUGCUUCUUGAACCACGGCGGGUUCAGCUCCAUGGUGGAGGGGCUCGUCGCCGGCUGCCGCCUGGUGCUGCUGCCGAUGAAGGGCGACCAGUACCUCAACGCCGCGCUGUUCGCGCGUGACCUGCGCGUCGGCGUGGAGGUGGCGCGCCGUGACGAGGACGGGUGGUUCGGGCGCGGGGACGUGGCCGACGCGGUCGCUGGAGCGAUGGCGGAUGGAGGGGAUGGUGACCUGCGCAAGUGGAGGGAGUUCUUGACGGACGAUGCCGUGCAGAUGAGGUUCACAGACGAGUUCGUCCGGCAGCUCAAGGAACUCGUAAGGGAGACCUGAGCUGAUAUUUUCGCUUCCAAGUUCUAAGUAUGUUCACUCGUUAGGAGGAGCGUCCGUUGUGUUCAGGCGUGACUUCAGGGACUUGGAAAAAUGAUAAUGGCAGUCUUUGCAAAAUUCGGGUUGUGCUUCCCGAAUCGAAUUGAAGCGUAGCUUUUAGUUCUUUUCUAAUCUUGGGUCGCCCGCCCAUGAUGGGUUAAAACUCUGUUAUUUUUAUUAUUGAUCUUGAGCCUAUGGCUUUGUUUGUGUUUGAUGCUCAGCUGUGUCGGAUGGCAGAGGCUGGAACUUUGUUCCCUUAUUUCAAAAAAAAAAACUAUGUUCACCAA